AUGGCUUUCGCGAACAUGCCGGUGCUGGUGAUAUGUGGGGCUCAGGAGCGUUUACGGAGCAGGCCUCUGAAACUUCAUCCGCCGGUCGCGUUCCCCAGAAUCUACAUCAAUGCCAGAGACUUGCACGUAGCAGAACAUUCGUCUGAGUGCAAAUCGCCUGCGUCUGUCCCGUUUUGCAUAUACGAUCAGUAG